AUGACAUCUGAACAGAUGGGAUCGCAGAUUCGGCUUAAAACAAAACGAGCAGCAUUAAUGCAGCCUGAGUCUGUACAGGACCAGUAUUGUCCAUCACAGCUCAACGAUGGAGUGCUAACUGCAGCUGUACAUUCAACUCUCCAACAGUUAGGGUGUCCGCAGCCGGGCCCAGUAGCUACUUGUUCUAAAUCCGUUCAAAAUCCUUCCACCCUAACUGCUGGCACGGCCAAGUCCGGUGCCAAUCAGAUAGCCCAUUGUUCUUGGCCCACGAGAAAGGCUGAAGGGGAAGCUAAAGGAGAUACAGCCAAGGGGAAGGAUGAGCCCCAGAGAAGAUCUGCAAGGUUAUCUGCUAAACCUGCUCCUCCGAAGCCAGAUCCCAAACCUAAAAAGGCCCCUGCAAAGAAGGGAGAGAAGGUACCCAAAGGGAAAAAGGGGAAAGCUGAUGCUGGCAAGGAUGGGAAUAACCCAGCAGAAAAUGGAGAUGCCAAAACAGACCAGGCACAGAAAGCUGAAGGUGCCGGAGACGCCAAGUGAAGUGUGUGCAUUUUUGAUAACUCUAUACUUCUGGUGACUGUACAGUUUGAAAUACCAUUUUUUAUCAAGUUUUAUAAAAAUGCAGAAUUUUGUUCUACUUUUUUUUAAAGCUAUGUGGUUAGCACACAGAACACUUCAUUGUUGUUUUGGGGGAAGGGCAUAUGUCACUAAUAGAAUAUCUCUGAAGCUAGACUGAUUCAAGGGGAAAAACACCAUUCCCUUCUAGUUCUGAGAAACUUCCUCUUGGUUCCCAGGAGGAGCGAU